UCCUGACACUAGUUUCGUGACAGUGGUUGAAUUUGUAGGCAUUUUCCAGAAACAUAAUAUUAAACAUGCCGAUGAAGUUUCUGGUAGUCGUAUUGCUGGUCUCAAUGGUCCAUGGUCAGUCUGUACUUGAAAAUGACAAUACUAGCCAGGAACCAAGAUGUAACUCCGAAUGCGAUAAAAAUUACAAGUUGAUCGAGAAACUGGUGACUCUAGAGGAAAGUCAAAAAUCACUACAUACGGCACUGAAAGGUCAGCAAAGUCUGAUUGACAAGCUGGAGGAGAAACUGAGAGUUUCUCUGUUGCCGUUUUGGGGGGACUGGAGUCCAUGGAGCGACUGCUUUCUAAACUGUUCGUGGAAGCAUGGAGGACGUGUACAAACCAGAUCAAGACAAUCCAUUUCUCACUCAUCCAUGACUUCAGCUGAGAGAGAGGUUGAAGAGCGACCGUGCAAUGCCGUCCAGUUUGCAGGAUGUAUCAAAACUGCUGGACCAGAUGAUAAUUUCGGGGUGACCUAUGAUUUCGCAGAUCAAAUUGCAGUAGCCACGUGUACAGCUCUCCUCCCUGGUGGAAGCAACCACGUUUACGCAGUUAGAAGAACGUGCUCGAGUCUAGCAGUAUCGUGUGCAGACACAUGUAAACGUGUCAAAACGACAUGCUUCAACGCGCUUCAUGUAUACAGGGGAUCUCCCAUUUUAAAAAGGAACCAAGAUGGCGAAAGGGGACUGUAUCUGUACCGAUACAACAGCUGUGGUGGAACUUUCUGUGGUCCUAACUUCUGUUGCUGUCAUGGAUAGAUUCCACCGCGAUCAUAACGAUUACAGAAUUCUGAAUUGACGAAAUCUCCCUAGUGACAAUAUACUAUAUAUGAAUAUAUGACAAAACCAACAUAGUUCGUUUGCGACCAGCAUUGAUCAAGACCAGCCUGCGCGUCCGCGCAGUCUGAUCAGGAUCCAUGCUGUUCGCUAUCAGUUUCUCUAUUUGUAAUAGAGUUUGUAAGCGAACAGCAUGGAUCCAGAUCAGACUGCGCGGACGCGUAGGCUUGUCUGGAUCCAUGCUGGUCUCAAACGCACUUUGUUAGUUUUCUCGUGACGCGGCUCAUAUACACUCGUACUUUAAGCUGCAUGCCUCCAGAUGAGCAAAAAUAUUUCAAUAAAAUCAAGUAUGAGAAAAUUGUACAAUGUAAUAAGAUUUUAGGAACAGUAAAAGAUUCAAGCUUGAAGUAAUAAUUAACAUUGAUUUUUCAGUAAUUAUAUUUAUAUUUCUACUGCGUUACAGUGAGGGCUAUUUUGCAUAUUUAGUCCUUUUUUGUAAUUAACAUGGAAUGUAAGUGCCGUUGAUUAUGUGUCAAUUGCUUCCUUUUGGUUACUUCACUAUUUUAUACCCUUGCCAUUUUUGGCUUACUUUUUCACAAUGUAUUUUGUUCUUGUUCCUUUCUGGAAAACUAAAGCAGAUAAACAGAUGAAUUGUAGCCAUACUCAUGUAUUUUAUAUACAAUAUUAAAAUCUCGAAAAAAAUC